UUACCAUGAACUUUAACAAGAUCUUCGUCUUCGUCGCCCUCAUUCUGGCCAUCAGUUUCGGAAAUUCGGAGGCCAACUGGCUUAAGAAGUUGGGAAAGAGAAUUGAACGCAUUGGCCAAAAUACUAGAGAUGCCACCAUCCAGGUCAUCGGAAUCGCCCAACAAGCCGCCAAUGUGGCAGCCACAGCUCGAGGUUGAAACAAAAAACCCUUGAUAAUACUCAACCCGCUACAUAACCUGCCUGAUAAUUAUAAUCA